AGUUAGUUGGUAUUUAAACACGGUAAAAGCAUGAGCUAAAAAAUAAAAUAAAGAGAAAAAUAAAUCUGAAACGCCAGGAAAUCAAUGAUAAAAUUUAUGAAAAAGUAUUAAUAGAAUUGAAAUAAAUUCAUAUACUAAAUAGUGUAAUAUAUAUAAAAGAGAAACUUAAAUUAACACUAACUACUUACUUAAAAUCUAAAUAAACCAAUAUAAAUUUAUUAAAUUAAACAAAAAAAUAAUAUAAACAUAAAAUUGUAAGAAAUAAAUUUCUUUUAAUAAAAAUUCAACCUUAAUGGUAAAAAUAAAACCUUUUAAAAUAUAUAUCAAAUUGCUUAUGUUUAGCUCAAAAAAUCUUGCAAGUGUAUUUUUAAAAUAAUAACAAAAUUAUAAUGAUGUUAUAAAAUCGUUUAAACCCCCAAGAAAGUGAAAAAUCACGUCCAUUUAUGUAAAUAAAGCAAUUUCUUAUUAUUCAUACGCCGUGUAGGCCCUGUGAAUGUUCCUGUUACUUUGUGUGGUUGUUGUUUCCGUUUUAUUAUCGUUCUUUUUUAAAUUAAACUUUAGUUACUGAAAAUAACUGUUUGUUAGAGUUUUGUGGGGGAAGUGAAAUAAAAUAAUUUUUUUUCUAAACUACUUGUUAUGCUACACUGCACAAGAGACAAUUUAACAAGAUUUUACCAUAAAAAUAGCACAGAAAUUAAAAAAUAAACUCAAACAGCAAAUAAUAAAAAACAGUAAAUUGUUGCAAAAUACGUGAAAGUUUUACUCUAUUUUAAAAUAAAAAAGGAAAUUAAAUAAAAGAAGCACAAGUCCAACAAUAUUGGCAAAUGCUAAAAUUUAAUGUUUAAACUAAAAGAAGACUCAAAUAGUAAAACUAGGAAAUACAUACAUAAUCAAUUAAAUAGCCUAAAAGGCAUUGCAAAAUUGCAAUAGAGUAACAAUAAUACAAGGAUACUUGAACAUUCAUAGCAUCACUCAUACAUACAUACUUAUUACACCCAAUAUACAAUGUUUACCAGCAGUAACUGAACUGAAAUGUACAAUUAAUUUAAAUUUAAAUUAAAACGUGUCUCUGUCAGAAUAACUUGUUCAUCUUAUUGCGGUUAAUUCAAUUCAAUCAUUCAUUCAGUCAUACAUAUGGUCCAUGGUCGUGGUUUUUUCCCUUAAAGUUAAAUUAUAACAAGUGCUUGUAUUUUGGGUUUUGGGUGAUAAAUGUAUUUGUACGUUUGUAAUGAAACAAAAACUUAUCUCUACUUUUUUCCCAAAAGCUAUCUCACCUCGCUGAUUUAUAAAUAUUAAAAUUAAACAAAAAAUUAUAAAUAAGAAUAAAAGCUAAAAAAUAUAUAUUAAAAUAAUAUAAAACUUAUUUUUUGUAUUAAAUACGUGUCAUUGUGUGUUGUGAAAUGGACAAUGUGUGACAUUAACUGCAUAUGGUUGUUUAAUCUACUUGUGGCAGUUGUUUUAAUAUUACUACAACAACAGCAACAUGUUGUUGGUAGUAAACAAGUGCAACAACAGCAACAACAAAAAUUACAGCAGCAUAACUACAUAUCGCCGUACGAUGGUAUAUCAUCAUAUGCUGCUGCAGCUGCGGCAAACUAUCUUCGUCGCACCUCCUCUUUGUCAUCCUCUCAGGCACAUAAUGUGGUGAAACGUGAGAUAAAGCAUGACAAAAAUACGGAUUUUAUUUCAUAUUUAAAUGAUUUCAAUAUGCAAGAUGAGACCUCAAUACCUGAGGACAUUAUUGACCAACAACAUCUACAAGAAAUUAUAGACAAACAGCAACAAGGUUUACAGUUAGAGCAGCAGCAGCUGCAACAAAAAUAUGUUGGUGAUAGUGCAGCAACAUCAGGCUCAAGUAUUCUGAAUGGUGAUGAUGAUAUUAUUGAUGUUAACUUGCCUUAUGAUGAUUCUUCUACAGAUACAGAUUCUGAUGCUGAUAUUAUACUUGAGUCACAGAGGUCCAGUGAACGAAGUGAUGAUAACAAAAAUAGCAACAACAAUAGUAACAACAAUAGCAGCAAAAACAUUAAAACCAACAACAACAACCAUAAUAAUGAUGAAGACGACAGUGAAGAAGAUGAAGAGAUUGUGACUGAAGAAACAACUAAGAAAAACUUAAAGAAAAGUAAUAAUAAUAAAAAGGAAAUGUUUAAAGAAAGGAAAACAUUCCAGAGUAACAACAUCAGCAACAAUGACAAUAAAAACGAGGAAAAGAAAAAACAGCAGCAACAAAUUAAAUAUGAAAACAAUAUUGACUAUUCAAAUCAAUACAACAUAUAUGGAGAUGUUGAUGUAGAAAAAAGUUUGAAAGACAACGACAGUCUUAACGAUGAUGAUAAUAAUGAUGCGGAUGAAGAUGAGGAGGACAAAUUUGAACUGGACGAUGAAGAUGAUGAUGAUGGUAGUGCGGAAUAUGAAAAAUUUAAAACAAUGCAUGAACAGAAACAAAGAGAACAACAACAACAAAAACAAAAGGAACAAAUGUCCACACUAAAGACAAUAAUAAAUGAUGAUGAGACAUUUAGUAGACCAGACUCAAAUGAAGAAAUGACCAAUAAUCAAGAUAAUGACAAAAUUAAGCACAUGGUCGAUUAUACUGAUGACAAUAAUAAAAAUAAGAAAAAUCUUAACGAUUAUGAAAUAUUCCAUCAACAUUUACUCGAGCAAAAGCAGCAACUAUUACAAAAACAACAACAGCAGCAACAACAACAACUAAGCCAACACAUACAAGAUGCCAUUGGUGAUAUUGAAGAAAAUGAAAAUCCCAAUAUUUUCAAAACAAACAGCUAUACUCACAAUAAUGACAACAACAACAAUAAUAACAAUGAAAGUAAAAAUAAAAAUGAUAAUAAUUUUGCAAAUAUUUUCAUACCACGUAAAAUAAAAAGACACAAUGGUGCUGCUCGUUUAGAUGAUGCCACCAAUAGAUACACCAAACUUAAACAAGAACAACUACUACAGCAGCAGCAGCAACAACUAAAAUCCCAAAUUAACACUGAAGAAAAUCAUCCGGAUGCCGUAGCAAAAGUAUCAUCACAAGAAGAAAAUUUUAAGAAAAAAUAUUAUGACAUUUUAAAAGAAAAUUCAACAUCAACUACAGACCAUCAUCUCCAACAGCAGCAGCAGAAGCAUCAUCAUCACCCAUCAGGAGAAUCAAACCCCAAGGAUUUUAGUUUUUAUGAUGAGAAUAAUGAAAGAGAUUCAACACAUGAAGUUAAAAAGCAAACAGCAUUCGAAAAGGAAAAAUCUCUGAGACGCAACAAUAAACGUUACGGUCAUAAAACCCAUAAAAAGAAAUACAAAGAUUAUCUGCGUUAUUCACAGAUAAUGAUGAUGACAACCACUAGCACUCCCAGUCCCCAGACAACGGCUCUCAGCACCCAGCAGCAAACUCCUACAAAAAAUGCAAUAAACAUUUUGAAAGACAAUCAAGAUACAGAGGUGACCGACUUAAAUUACUUGCGCGAUAAACAUGCCAAGAAAUUUAAGUUGGAAAAACUUAAAUCACUAAUACCGCCCGCACCAAUAUUCGUUUUGAAACCGCGCGCGGAAAAGGAAAAUAAGGACGAUUUAAGGGAAACGGAGAAAGUCGAGGAACCUACCACCAAACCAUUUUAUGAGGGACAGAUUAAUUAUUUUCUAGAAACUCCAGACGAUGAUAGUGAAAGAGCUAAUGAAGUUAGAUUUAUAACCAAAGGUGAGAGAAUGGAUACAAAUGAUUGGUAUAGAAAAUUGAGUCCGGUGUUGAGAAAUGGCAAUAAGAAGAUAAAUCCGGUGGCAGAGGAACGCAGUGGCAUAGGUGUGGGACGCUCUAGAGGAGGCUAUACCCCCUACCAUCACUACAGACCACAGCAUCAUGGUCAGCUACACCAUGGUCAAACACGUAAUCAUCAUUAUCAUCAGCAACACCACCAUCAACAGCAGCAGCAUGCUCGACAGCCCCACCAUCAUCAAGCAUUAAAACAUUCGAGACAUCAUGCCUACCAACGCAAAAUGAUACCGAAACGUUUGGUUACAACUACUACACCCAUGCCACCACCUUCGCGAAAACAAAUGAUGAGUCCGAAUGGCAUAGGAGAAUUGGGCCAUCAGAUCACAGAUAUUAAAGACCUAGAGCGCUACUAUGCCAAAUGGCCACACUUAGCCAAGGUUCAAUCACGUUUGCAUGAAGAACAAAUGCGUGAAGAACAAUCCGAAAAUUAUCCAGACUAUGAAUACGACAACGAUGACUAUUUCGAAGAGAACGACAAUAAAGAUGAUAAUUUACCACCUUAUAUACGUAAAUUUAAUAGACGGAACAAACAAUUGCUAGACCUUUUAGAGGGUACCAUAGCUCCACCUACCAAAACAUCACCACAAUUAAGAUGGUCUGGCUCCAAACUACAGCCGGGACCUAGAGACUCCAGUGUGGGCAGCAUGUCAGUGCGAAUAGACGAUGAUUACCUUAAAGAGAAGCGUAAACGUUAUCAUCAGCGUCAACGUCAAAUACACGAUUUAUUUGCCCAACAAAGAAGUUCUACUACUACCACGCAGCCACCUCCCUAUCCAUAUGUCAAUGUCAACGGUGAUAGAGAUGGUGGUGGAGGGGGUGGAGAUGAAAUGGCGGCUAGACAGUAUACACACACUGAAAAUCAUUUACCAGAUGAAGAUGUUAGCAUUUCAUUGGAAUCUAAUGAACAGGAGAAUGAAUUUAACAGCAACAGUGCUAAACACGAGAGUGGCGUUGGUGUUGAUGAAAUUGCUAAUGAUGAUUCCAAGUCAGAACAAGAAAUUUGGCAAAAGGAAAUUGAAACUAAAUCAGCAAAUAUGGCAGCCGGAAAUUUAGAAAUAACAAAUUGGCAAAUGGAAAAGUUAAUAACAUCAACACCAGCAGUAACAGCUACAACAACAAAAAAGUCAGCAAUACAUAAACUACCCUCAUAUCCAUCCAUAGCCGGUGGUUAUAUGAAUCGUCCCAGAUCACGCAGUGCACAAUUUGCACCCAGUUCGGGUUCGGAAUUUCGUAGGGUACCCUUGCCAUAUCUAAAUAAUUUAAAUAACAAUGACAAUAUCAACAACAAUAAUAACUUUAUAAAUGCUGGUGGCUUUGUGGCCUAUAAUAAAGCUCCAGUUGUAAGUAAAACAAUAAAUGGCCGCUUUUCAGCCAACACACCAAAUGAUUACAAUAAUAAACAACAACAGCAAUCAGUAUCAAAUACAACCACAACAUCACCGGAUGCAUCUAAAACUCAAAGCAGCAGCAGUAGCAGCAACAAUCAUUUAACUUCUCCUUCCUCGCCCUCCUCUGCUGCGUCUUCAUCUUCGGUUACAAACUCUUUCAUUUAUCAUCGUGUAGUCGAUGCCUCACCCCGUUUAGUGGGUGCGGGCUUUAUACCAGGACGUAAACAGCGUUUACCGUUUGUAGCUAUUACCGAUAGACGUUUGGAAACUUCAAAGAAAUCCUUAACGGAUCAUCAAAAAGACUUUGAACAAAAUCACUAUCCGUUGCCUUAAAAAACUUGACAAAACAAACUUAAUACAAAAAAAAAAACAACAAAAACAAGCCCCUCCCCUUAAAACAAUAAAAAUCAAUUAAAUGGAAAAAAUACAAUAAUUUUAUUUUUUGGUCGCUUAAUUUUUCUAUUUGUAAUUUAACAAAAAAAAAAAAACACUAAAGUGAAAAAUUUAACAUAAAAAACUGAGUUUUUAAAAUCGUUUGGUGGUAUGCUGUGGUAUGGUGUAUUACGUACAUUUUUUAGUAGAACAACAACAAAAUAUUGUAAAAUAAAUCAAUAAAUAAAUUAAUAAUAAAAGUAAAUAAAUAAAUUAAUGAAUAUUUGUUUGUAAGUAUAUAUAAUUAUAAAAACAAUAAUAAUCACUUUAUAAUGUAAACAAAAUAAAACUUUAAUGAAAUGAAAAUGAUAUCAAAUAAUUAAAUAAAAUCUAAAUUAGGCUUUAAUUAAAUGAAUAUCGAUCUCUGUCUGCUUAGAUGUUAAAUGAAUUUAUGCAUAAGUUUGUAUGAUAUACAAUAUAUAUAUACUAAAUAUAUUUAAACAAUUAAAUGAAACACAAUCACACACACACUUACUCACUCAAUCAAUACACUGAAAAUAUUAAGAAAUCUUUAAACACAAUAAAUUUAGUUUUUAAAUCGAGAUAAAAAUGAAGGUAUCACAAGUAUUUAAUGAGUUUAGAAAAAAAUCACAAUAAAAUAGAAUAGUUUAAAAACACUCAUCUGUUAAGUAUUUAAGAGUAAAUUCACUUUGUUUUUUAUUAGUUAUAUGUUGUUAAACUUUCACCAUCUUGCUAUAUAUAUAUCAGUUAAGUAUUUAGGAGUAAUUUCACUUUGUUUUUUUAUUAGUUGUUAAACUUUCACUAUCUUACUAUGUAUAACUUUGUAAAGAAAAUUAUUGAACUCAUUUCUGUUGCUGAUUUAGCUUCUAGAUUAUGUAUGUAGGUAACAACAAAGUGGAGAAUAUAUUUGAUUUUGAUAUUACUACGUAUUUCCGAUCUGGUUUCAUAACACGUUCCAAAAUUUUGUUUAUGUUCAUUAAAUAUUUUAGAUUUGUGCAACAAAAUUUCUUAAAAAUUUUAAUUUUCCAAAUGUUUAACUAAUAACGUUUUAAAAUUUAAUAAAGAGCAAAAUAUUUUUACUAUAUACAAUUGCCUGUUUCACAAUAUCGAAACAAUAUAUUCUUUCUUUUAAAUAUAUUGAAAACAAAAUUUAUUUUUUUUUCAAUAUAUUUGUAAGAAUAAAAGUGUGUUCUUUGACAUUUAGAGAAACCGGCAGUAAAAGUAAACGAAUUUAUCGGGUCCUUCCAUUAUCGAAUUUCAGCUCUAUACUCGCAUUUGAAAUUAGGAAUGAGCAUUAAAGUUAUUUUCUAAUUUCGAGGUGUAGUGUCAAUUGUGGACCUAUCCUUAUAAAAUUUAUUAGAGAGAUUGAUGUUCAUAAAAUUUGGUAAAGAGAAUUUGCCUUAUAUAAAACUAAUUUAUGUCGAAUUUCAUCACUAUUAAUAAUGGCAUUUUUAAAACAGUUAUGACAGUUGAAGCUGUUUUUCGGUAGCCACUUGCAGGAAAAACAUAAGCCGAUAUUUGCCAAUUUUCAAUACCAAACAGAAAAUAUUUGUAGAAAAUUUUAAACCUCUAGAUCUAUUCGUUUGGACUCUAUCGUACUUUCAACAGGCAGACGGACAAACAUGGCUCUUAUAUACUUUUGUGGGUCUAUGACCAAUAUUUUGGCGUGUUACAAACUGAAUUGACAAAAUCAAUGUUCCCCUAUUGAUGAUGGAUAUAAAAAUUGAAAAAUCUUUCCCGAAAAGCAAAUUUCUAAUAAAAGCUUUUAUGUAAAAUAAAAAUUACGUCAGAAAAAUGUACACGUUUUCAGUUAUAAAAUUUUUUUUAUUUCAACUUUUAUUUUCAACAAAGCCCUUGGAAAGAAAAUUUUUUUGUUACAACAUUUAUACAAUAUAUUAAAAAGUUGUCUGAAUUUUUUGAACAUAUUCAGAAAAACACUUUUGAGAUAAAGUGUUCCUUAAAUAUUUUUGAAUAAUUUUUUUUUUAUGGACACAGAUUCACUAAUCUUUUUUGUUUUUUGGGAGAAAGAUCAUUUUUAUAAAAAAGGUUCUAAGAAUGAAAGCUUUUAAUAAGAAAGAUUGAUGACUUUUAUGCCAAAAGUUGUCAAAGGUCCUUAUAUUGAAAAGCAUUUUUAAAUGGUAAGAAAGGCAAAAGUUUUAAUUUUGUGACAAUCUAUGUAGAAAGAAAAAUCUGUUUAUCAGUAAAAAGUUUAUUUUUCACAUACAUAUAUGUAUGUUUUUAAUUUAUAUAAUUAGUAAUUCUCUAGUAUGUAUGUAUGCUUUUACCAAAUUUAUUAAAAAAAAAACUGUAGAAAUAUCAUAUGAAUAAGUGUUUUCAAAACUACCCCUAUUAAACAAUUGAUAUUUUAUUUAUUGCAAAUUUUAUUUUACACUUUAUGUUAAGGCAUAUUUAGUGAAAAUAUUUGCUUUAUUUUUCAUUUGAUCAGUUUUGUAUUAUAAUUUUAUCAUUGAGUAUAUAGUACCCAUUAUCACGAUGUCUACUUAAUUUUUAACUUUAAGAUAAAUUGACAGUUAUCAUACAAAAUUGUCUUAACUGAAAGAAUAACUACCCAUUAAAGUAUAACUGGAGGUGGUAAAAAUGGGGGUAAGUGUAUAAUAAUUUAUAAUUUCUAUAACACCACUGUAAUUUAAAAUUUUUAAUAAUUUAGUAAACAUAUGUUUUAAAACAAGCAUUAAACUCUAUGUUUAUAUUUAUUUUAUUAUCUUAAAUUUAUCAUUAUAACUAUUGUCAUUUGCAUGCUGCUACUAAAUGUUCUAUUUUUUCCAUAAUAAAUUAGAAUUUUUACAAUUUAUUUGUAUCAGAGUGCAGUGACAGUAGCAGCGUUUAGUUUUGAUAAAGACGUCAUAUUUUAUGUUCAUUGUAUUAUAAAAACAACAGAAAAUAUAUAAAUAUAUAGACAUUUUUGUGAAAAUAGUUUCUAAUUUACUCACUCCGCUAAAUAGAAAUAACAUUACACAGAAACUUGCACACACUCGAAUUCAAAAACUACAAUGAGUUUGUAUUUAAUGAGCUGAAACAACAACAAAAAACUACAAUAACACAUGGCCAUAAUUAAAAUAAAUAUGGAAAAAGUUAGAACAGAGCAAUAAAAUAUAUAUACAUAUGAUGGUUUUGAGAAAUUUGUUUUUCAAACAUUAUAUUAACUACUCUUAUAAUGAGGAUAAAAUGAAAACCCAAUUUAUAUUUUAUGUAAAAGGUUUCAGUAAUUGAGGAAAAAUGCACAUCAGAUGAGUUAUAAAUUAUAGAAAGAAAGCCAGCAAAUGUUUAACACGUAUAACGUGCUUCAAAGUUGUAAAUAACAUUAAGAAAAUAAAUUAUUACAUAAAAAACACACACAUACACAAAACAACAAAGGAAAAUACCUUAAAUAAUAGUUAUAAAUAAAUACAGUUAUGUAUAUACAUAUAUACUAUACAUACACUUCCACACUCCAUAACUCUACUUACACAUAUACACUUUCUGUAUUUAGUCAAACAUACAUAUCUUUAUAUCUAUUGGUGUAUGAGUAUUGAAAAAAAAUGCUAUUUAAUAAAACUAUUAAUUUUUUAUGUUAUUUUUUUUAUUUUUUCGUAUAUUAAUAACAAAAAAUAUAAAUGACAACAUUUUCGCACAAAUAUAUUGGUAAAAAAUGGCAAUAAAUAUUUGUAAUAUUUCGCAAAACAUUAACGACUGUAGAAAAAGACAAUUCAAUGGAUCUGUUAUAAAAACGUUAGUUUAUAUAAUAUUUUGUACCCUACAUUUUACACUAUAAACAUUUUUAGAAAUUUUAAAUGUCUGUAAAAUUUGUUUUUAGAAAACUUUAGUGCUAAAACCCAUAUUUAUCAAAAAUAUUCUAAUACAUUUCUGGUUAAAAUGUUACUUUUUCUGUGACAGACAAUUUGUUCCAAAUUAUUUCUUUAUUUAUUAAUAUAAGUCUUAAUACUUUCUUAUUAACAUUACAUAUGAAAAGAACAAUGUAGUUUGUUUUAUAUAUAAAUGGAUAUGUAAUAUAGUCUUAUUAAUAAAAAUAUAACACGUCUAAAGAAACCCUUUUAAAAAAAAUUAAAACCUAUUUGGCCAUUUCAAAUAGGUCACUAUAAGUUGAUAUCGAUUAUGGAACUUGAAUUUUUAAAUGUAAAUAGUCUUUUCGGUAUCUACAUCUAUAAAAAGUAUAUUUUAACUCAAAACGCUAAGUUUUUUUUGGUUCUUGAUCACAAAACAUAAUGAAGUACAAAACAUUGUACAAAUCCUAUUUUUGAGCUAAAAAAUAUUUUUUUGAUAGAUGUCCCACAUGAGUCCCAUUAAGCGACUAUAAAGCGCUUAAAGGAAAAUAUGUAACCUUUUUGUGAAAAACAAAAAAAGAACAAAAAAAUAUAUGUAUAUAUAAAGAGAAAAUUAAAAACAUUGAAGAAAUGUCUAUUUAAACUUCAUGGAAAAGUUACACUCAUUAAAAAAAACGAGUUAUGACCAACAUUUUUAACCUUUACCUACUCUAACUCUGGCAAAUCUUUAUCAAUAGAGCUGUAGCUUGGUGUCUGGCCUACUAUCCAAAAGUAUUUGGUGCAAAUUUCUUGCAAAUCCAUUUUGGAAUUGAGUCGCCUGUCACUAAAAUGCUCAUAUACAUUUAAUUAAAUAAACGAAAUGAGGGAAAACGAGAAAUAUUUGAACCCGACGUUAGCAAAAAACAACUGAGCUAGAGUGGGUAAAAAAUCGAACAUUUCAAUAGGGGCCGUCAUUAUGUAAAUUGCUAAUAUCAUUUAUAUAAAAUUAAAUUUUGCUCAUUAUUUCUUUAUAUACAACAUUUAAUAUAUUUAUACUCGACAGAUAGACAGACAGACUGACGGACAUAGCUAAAUCCACUCAGAAAGUGAGUGUUACAAACAUCAGCAUAAACGCAUAAUACCCUCCCUAUUACAUUAGUGUAGCUUAUAAAAAUUCAACUAUCAAUGAUUAAAUUCAAGCAUACUUGAUGAACCAAUAAUUUAUUGUAGGGUAUAAAAUUUCAUUGAAAAGUAUACAAUUCCAUUUCAACCAAACAAAUGAAAUUGCAAUAAUACAAAGAUUGUGUUUUUUUAUUUUUUUAUUAUGGCGAUAAUAGCACAAUCAACUAUAAAAAUGGCAACUAAGUGUAAAUUUUAAUGUGGAAUCAAUACCAUUGAAUUGUUCUAUAAGAGGGCCUACGAGAGAGAACGAAAACGAAUGUGCCUAAUAGAAACAUAUAAAAAUAAUGUUUGCCAUUUUUUCACAUUCAGAACGCAAUAAAAUGACAAUGAAAUAUCGAAUGUAAAACACAAAUUCAUUAUAAAAAAUUAAUUUUAUUAAAAAACAACACGCACAGGUUAAUGUGGAGUUUUAACACGAAACAAAAAAAUAUAAAUUUAAAAUAUAAGAAAACUAAAUCAGAUAAAAAGUUUUCAGUUACCAAAAAGUUACAUUUGAAAAAAAAAGAAAUAAAUUAACAAAACAGGAAUCAAUAAUAAAAAGAAAAAACUAUAGAACAUUAAACUCAUAAAAAGCAACACUUUCACACAAAUAUUUUACAAAAUUUAUUUUAAAAAAAUCUUAAUUUAUUUAUGAAAGUAUUCAAUAAAUAACAAAAUGAUUGAUAAAAAAGUGUAUAUGUAGUAGAAUUUUAAUAAAAAACAAUAAUUAUACAGACAGUAUUUUUAUUAUUUUUAUUUUUAAAAUAUAUAAAAAACCUUUAUUAUUAUAAUAAUGAAACAAAUAAAUUACAAAAAACUUACACAUGAAAAUAAUGAUUACAACCGAUAAAAUUAAAACAAAAAAAUAUAAAAUCAUCAUCAUCAUUUUCAUUAUUCAUCUUUAUUUAUGUUUAUUAAAUGAAUAUUAAUUACAUUGAAAUAAAUACACACAGAGAAAACAAUAAGUUUGGAAUUGGUUAAAGCAAUCAUUUUAAAAUAAUUGCAGGAAAAAUUUCAAACAUGGCACAAUCAUUUGUAAAUUAAUAACUUCGGACAACUGAGCACCAAAAUUAUGCUAGUUUCAUCAUUCAAAUGAUUAUCACAAACAUAUGUUUGUUUUUUAAGAAAAAAGUAUAUACUUGUCACAAUCCUUUUUAUAAUUACGACCAACAUAUGUUUUAUUAUUAUCGUGUAUAUGUUUCUGACAAUCAUUUGAUAUAAUUUAGUUGAAACUAUUAAAAAUAUGUCUGGAAAUACAAUUUUUGUAAUAAUCAUUGUCCAAACAUGUUAUUUCUUUGAGUGUAUACUAACACACAUCCAUACCAUCAUCAAUUUCAAAUUCAGCUUAUCUAACUUAGUAUAUCUUACCUUCUCAUUCUCGAUUCUCCCCCUAACACUCCUGUUACUACAAAAACAUAGACAAACACACACCCCAACAAACAUCUAUACAUAUUUAUGCAAAGCAUAUCGUAGCAUGUUUAAACUUCGCAAAAUAUAAAAUUGUUUUUUUCUUUUUUUUUUUGGUAAUUUUUUAAUACAUAUUAUUUGUAAUAAUAGUAGUUUGUAUGUAUUUUAUGUGAAACCACCGCAUAAGUUUGUGUAAACAGUACACUCACACAGCCGUACAAACAUAAAACACACACUUGAACAUAUAAAAUUAUGUUGAUAACCAGCUAAUUAUUAUUAUGUAAUAUUUAAAACAAACACACACAUAUCAAAAUACGAAUGAAAUAAAUUAAAAAUUAAAUUAAAAAAAUAAAGAUUUAUUGAAGUAAAACAAAAACAAAUAUGUGUAUAAUUUUCUAUUAUUUAGUUGGGUUUAGAAUAACUUUUAAAUAUUUUCAACUCUACAGUAUUUUAAAGUUAGAAAUUGAGGGUAUUUUUCUACAACGAUUUAUUCUCUAUUAUUUGAUUUUACUACUUUCAACUUCACAUGAAGGUGGGGGGAAUGUAUAUUUAUGUAAUCGGAAAUGUAGAAAAAUUCUUAACUCAUUACAAAAGUUGACCAUAUAUAGAGAUUUAGAUCAACUAUCGCUUACACUUGUGUACAAAGGAAAUAUUUUUUGCAAUAACAUUUGAAGAUGUUAAAAUGCAAAAGUCAUUUUAACAUGGUGAUGUCAUUCGAGGCAAGUACAACAAUCGCUUACAAGCAAUUGAAAAAUCAGUCAAUGUAGAUCGCGUUAAAAAACUUAUACAUAAGCUUACUGAAGUACUUCUAUGUAAUCAGAACGAUAUGUAGUUGUCUAAGUAUUUACUGUGGAUCCUAUUUUGAUCCAAAUCUACAAUCAUUCUGUGUUAUCAGCAAAAAAUCCGUCUGUAUUUAUAUGUAGCUGAUCCAAAUCAUUUUAUGAAAGCAGAAAAAUUGAGUCCACAAAUAAUGGAGAUAUGUAUGAGCAAACUUUCAAAACAAUUAGUUGUUAAUAUACAAGAAUUUUUAUCAUUAUGAGGCAAAACAUAGUGAAAACAAGAAAAAUGUGCUCUAUUGUUAUAUUUUUCUAACACACGGUUGAAAAAAGCAACAUGUAGAGUAUAUUUUGUUUUCUUUUUUUAUAUUAUACAUUCUAAAAUAAGCGCUUGAAAUAAUUUAUGAAUGAAAUUCAAAGAUCAAAAAAAUUAAAUAUUAAA